AUGCCAUUGGUAGAACGUAUAGAACCAGGACCUGACACAAUUAGGGUUCUACUAACUACUGACAAUCAUGUAGGAGCAUUUGAAAACGAUCCAAUUAGAGGUGAUGAUGCAUGGAAAACAUUUGAUGAAAUCACCACCAUUGCCAAAGAUAAAGAUGUUGAUAUGAUAAUUCAAGGAGGUGAUUUAUUUCAUAUUAACAAACCAACGAAAAAAUCCAUGUAUCAUGUUAUGAAAUCACUUCGAUCCAAUUGUAUGGGAGAUCGUCCUUGUGAAUUAGAAUUAUUGAGUGAUCCGGCUCAAUCAUUAAAUAAUGGAUUUGAUGAAAUUAAUUAUGAAGAUCCAAAUUUAAAUAUAUCUAUCCCGGUGUUUGCCAUUAGUGGGAAUCAUGAUGAUGCCACUGGUGAAUCAUUAUUACUGGCAUUGGAUGUAUUAGCCGUCACGGGAUUAAUUAAUAAUUUUGGUAAAGUGAAAAACACUGAGGCAAUAACUGUUUCACCAAUAUUAUUACAAAAGGGACAAACAAAAUUGGCAUUGUAUGGGAUGUCAAAUGUAAGAGAUGAAAGAUUGCAUCGAUUAUUUCGAGAUGGUGGAGUCAAAUUUCAACGUCCAAAUAUACAAACUGAAGAUUGGUUCAAUUUAUUUGUUAUUCAUCAAAAUCAUGCUGCUCAUACUUAUACUUCCAGUAUACCAGAAUCAUUUUUACCAAAUUUCCUUGAUUUUAUAUUAUGGGGUCAUGAACAUGAAUGUAUUCCUUAUCCAGUGCAUAAUCCAGAAACCACAUUUGAUGUAUUACAAGCAGGUUCAUCGGUGGCUACUUCAUUAGCUGAAGGUGAAGUUGCCGAUAAAAAAAUAUUUAUUUUAAAUAUAAAGGGUAAAGAUUAUUCUAUUGAACCAGUUGAAUUGAAAACAGUACGACCAUUUGUAUUAAGAGAAAUUAUAUUACUGAAAACUGAUCUUAUUCCUGGUGCUGCUUCUAAAGCUGAUGUUAUUGCAUAUUUAACUGAUGAAGUGGAAAAAUCCAUUGAAAGAGCAAAUAAACAAUUUAGUAGCCAAAAUAUUCUGAAUUCUAAUCGAGCAAUCACUAACCUGAGCAACAAUGCAACUGCAGAUCCCAUUGAAAAGCCAUUACCAUUGAUUAGAUUGCGAGUCGAGUAUAGUGGUGGAUAUGAAAUUGAAAAUGUGACGAGAUUUUCCAAUAGAUUUGUUGGCAAAAUUGCUAAUGUUAAUGAUGUGGUUCAAUUUUAUAAGAAAAAGACACCAACAAAAAGUGAUAAUAAAUUAACUCGGAAAACUAAAUAUGACGUUGAUUUAAUUGAAGAAAAUUUACAUCAUAAAAAAACCACUGAAUUGGAACUUCAAGAUAUUAUUCGGGAUUUCUUACAACAAACUCAAUUAUCAUUAGUUCCUGAAACUGAAAUGAAUCAUGCCGUUAAAAAAUUUGUUGAAAAUGAUGAUAAACAAGCUUUAAAUCAAUUUAUUAAUCAAGAAAUUAAACGAGAAACCAAAAUGUUAUUAGAUAUUGAUAUUGAUGAAAAUGAAUUUCAUGGAGCUGAUGAAAAACAUGCUAAAACGGCGUUUAAACAUGUAUUACUGCAAUUGAAAAAUAUCAAUGGGCCUAUUAAUAUAGAUUAUGAACCUGAAAUUGAACCAACUAACAACAACACCAACAAAAAGUCUGCUACUACAAAGAAAAGAACCCCUAAGAAAAAUACCACCAUCCCUAAAAAGAUAACAACAACAGCCACCAAAAAACCUAAAAUUGAUGAUAUAAUUAUAAGUUCAGAUGAUAGUAAUGAUUACGGCAAUGACGACGAUGACGAUAAAGAAGAAGAAGAAGAAGAAAAUGAACAUGACUCUGGUCUUCGUUUGUUUGUGACUGAUACACCUGACACCAAUAGUACACGUCGAUCUAAAAGUAAUCGAUCCAAAAGACCAACUAGUUAUGUUGAAGAUGAGUCAGGUAUACUUAGUGAUGAAGAUGAUUAUGUUCCACCCAGUAAAAGUAAAGGAAUAUUUUCCAGAAGCUUUAAUAACAGGAAAAGAAAAUAA